CUGGCCGCCCGCCGCUCUCUGGGCCGGGGCUCCCUCUCUGCCCCCCGUGGCUCCCACGGGCACCUCGGGCAGUCCCGCCUUAAGCCGAGCCCCCCUUCCCAGGCCCCGCCCGCGCCCGGCAGGUGGCCCCGGCUCAGUCCGCCCCGGCCGCACCUGGGGGCACCGCUCCCUGCCCCUCGGGGAGCAUGAGCCGGGCCUUCCCCCGCGGGCCCCGGAGCCCGGCCCAGGAGCAGAGGCUGCAGCCGCCCCCGGGCCUCCCCGGAGCAGGUGCGAGCGGGGCCGGCAGCUGUCACAAGGAGGCCGGCCCAAGGCCGGACGUGGCGGGCAUCCAGGACCCGUGGCGAGCCCACCUGGCGAUCCACCGUCUGCGCCACUCCAUUGGCCGGCAGAGGCCGCCUCUCCCCAAGGCCGGGCCGCCUUCCUCGCAGCCGCCUGCAGAGGACACUGGGCAGGAGCCCCAGGGAGAGGCUUUGGGGCCCCGGGCAGUGCCGGCCCCUGGGAGUGCUCCUGCAGCCCAGGCCAAGAGCCACUACCCUUUCCCAAAGAGAAAAGCGCCGCGGAUCUCGGAGGCCGCCCAGAGGCUGGGCCUCUACAGGCCCACCUGAAGCCCCUUGCCCACUGGGGGCGAGGCCUCCCCCCCACUGCCCCCGGCACUCUGCCCGGCCCAUCUGCAUCCCUGGAGGCCACAGGCUAAGGACAAGCUCUUUGGGGGGCUCUGGGGCAAACAAUGGCACAUCCUGUGCGGGAGCCAAGGCCGGCCCCUGGGACCCUGGCCAGGCCCAAUAAAGUCCUCUACGAAGGAAGGCCUCUUCUUUCCCCGACUUCCGGGGGCUUGCCUGCCACCAGGGCAGGGGUUCUGGGAAGGUCGCCACAGGCCCCGGGCACCCACAGGAACCGAGGCUCUUACUGAGAAGGAGCCCAAGGGAGGCUGAAGGCCCAGCCCUGCCUCUCAGCCCAACGUCCCCUGCAGUGAGCUGGGUAGGCUCAGAACGAGGAUUCUGCCCCAUCCUCUCUGCCCCCUCCCCUGCCCAGCCUGUUUCCUUGGUGGGGGGAGGGCCCUCCGGGGGAGAAAGGGAUUCUGGGUUGAAUCAAGUGGGGCUGGAGGCCUCAGGACUCCCAUGACCACCUGCCCUUUGUCCCCGCAGCAUCUGGGGGGGCCACAGUGCAGAGUUCAAGUUCGGCCUCAGUUUCUGCAUCUGUAAAAUGCCCACCCGAGCCUCUUGGCCAACUCCAUGCUCCCAGGGCUCAGCUGCCACCCUACUUAGAGUUGCUCCUGGUGGUGCUCCCCAUUCUGGCUCUGCUCCCCACUGCUGGCGGGGACCCCCAUCU